AUGCCAUUCGAUUCCUUACUUCUCCAUGCAACAAUUCUCUCAAGAUUGGAUGAAUCCAACGAAAAAGUUCUAAUGAUUCACUAUCGUGAUACUGCUAAAAAGUAUCGUCAUCUUGUGAGAAGAAUUUCAUUCGAAGAUAAUAAUGGGAAACUUGUUGGAAAAUUGGGAAAGUGUGAAUUGCUUAAUUAUUUCAAACAUUUCAAUGAAAAAGUGAGAAUUAUUUCACAUUGUAGAGUCAGUGAAACAUGCUACCUUUACAAAAUUGUUUCAAAUCAUGAUUGUGAUACACAAUUACAUUUCAAAUCGGUUAAAGAAUUUUCAAAGCAUACUCAAUGGAUCUUAAUUGAUCUGGAAAGCCGUAUUGUUAGUGAAAUUGAACCAUAUUAUGCUAAACUCCUUCCUUCAAGUAUUCCAAAUGAGUCAAUUGCAAUUGAUGAGGAUGGAUUCAUCCAAAAACCAAAACGAAAAAAGUAUUUCGCCAUUAGAAAUAGAAAGGAGCAACACAUUUCGACUGUGGGUUUUUGUGACUUUGCAAGAAUCAGUCUUUCCUCCUUUACUCCAUUCCCCUAUUCCUCUUCGAAUUCAUCACUGGUUAAUGUACUUUGUACUGUGAUGGUUACUGAGACGACAACUCGUCACAAGAAAUUCACGAAUGAGAAUUCUGUUGUUUUCAUUAAUUAUCAAUUCAAACUUUUGAAAGGAGGAUGGAAGGAUUUGUUUGAAAAAACAAAAGACAGAUCGCUUGUGGAUAUUGAAAUUAGAUUUAGAUAA